CUAAAAAUGAAAGUUUGUGUUUUCAUUUUGAUAAUAGGACUAGUUCUGUGUAACUAACUAAAUGGAUAAAACAAUCUUAGAUAAGAUUAUUAGUUUGCUCCUUGGAGUUUAGAUUGUACAAACAGAUGUUAAAGUGCUGGAGGUGUUGUUUGCGGAUAUGAAACCUAAGUUUGUUGCAAAUCAGUAUCAAAAUGAAAGUAUUUUGAUAGGGUAGAUGUUAAAAAGGUUGGAAAUCUGAGUAAUGUGGUAUUUGGGAUAGAAUCCAUGUUCUAAAUUGUGUUCCUGGACCAAGCAGCAAAUGAUAUAUAAAAUAAUUAUAAAUAUGAGCU